GACCAGAUGAAUCACUUUCCUGUGACGAGAGGGUGCCGUCUAGUCCAGAGAGAGCAAGUCUUUACCCCACCGACCCAGUAAGACGAUCCCAGCCUUUUUCCACAUACGCAGCAAAGAGGUUGUCUGAAUCUGAAUAGCCAUCUGCCAAUAUGAUGAAACCAAAGAAGUACGAUUGGAAGGAUUCUAAUUUAGCCCUCUUUGGGUCGGACACUGAAAGGAAAGUUAAAAAGGAAUCAGCUCAGUCAGAGCCAGCAUGGGAAGGCGCUGGUGGUAGUGUGGGGCUGAAGAUUUGGCGGAUUGUGAAAUUCAAAGUCACAGAAUGGCCCAAGGAAGAUUAUGGGAAAUUCUAUUCGGGGGAUUCCUAUAUUGUCCUUAAUACCUACAAGGCAGAUGGUUCAGAUGAGUUGCUGUAUGAUGUUCACUUUUGGAUUGGAAAAUACAGUUCUCAGGAUGAGUAUGGCACAGCAGCUUACAAGACUGUAGAACUGGACACUUUCCUGGAUGACAAGCCAAUACAGCACAGGGAGGUGCAAGGGCAUGAGUCUCAACUCUUUAAAAGUUACUUUCCCAGCCUAGAACUUAUGAGGGGUGGUGCUGAAACUGGGUUCCGCCAAGUGCAGCCAGAGGAAUACAAGCCUCGUCUUUUUCAUGUUGUGGGAGAGAGAAAAAGUGUUGUGGUGAAAGAGAUAGGGACAAAGAAGGAAAACAUUAACGAAUGUGAUGUGUUUAUUCUGGAUUUGGGGCUGAGAAUUUUCCAGUACAAUGGAGAGAAGGCCAACAAAGAUGAGAAGUUCAAGGCUAUGCAAUAUCUGCAGAAGCUGAAGUCUGAAAGAGGUGGUAAACCUUCAACUGAAAUAUUGGAGGGAGAUUCCACCCCUAAAUCUCAUGAAUUCUUCAGUAGUCUUUCUGAGGGAAAAGGGCCAAAAAAGACAAAAACCCCUGCUCAGGGACCACCUAAACUUUACAAGGUAUCCGAUGAGGAUGGCAGUAUGGACAUGGAUGAAGUAAAGGAAGGGCCCAUUUCUCUGUCAGAUUUUGACAGCAAGGAUGUUUUUGUACUUGAUCUGGUUAAUCACGUCUUUGUCUGGGUGGGAAAAGAGGCUUCAAGGGAUGAGCGGAGAAAUGCCUUAUCCUAUGCUCAUAGUCACCUGAUGAAGUCUGAUCAUCCUUUUGCCUCCAUAGAGUGCGUUGUCGAGGGACCUGUUGGGAAUGGGCGUGUCACCCAGGCUCUGGCUGCUUAAAACUACAUUAUCUUGCACAAAGUCAAAUUUGUUACCAUCUAUGUCCUUUAUUUCUUUACAGUAUGUGGCAUCACAAUUUUCUAACGUCUAAAAUUUAACAUUAUGUUCAGGCAAACUUUCCUGGCAGCAUGAAAUGUAUAUGGUGUAAUAAUGAAUUAAUUUGCAUAGAACAGCAAUUUCAAACUAGGCCUUAUGAUGAGCUUUUAGUUUUAUUUUUAUUUUUGGAACAGUUCGUCACAUCCAUUAUUGGACAAUGCACACUUGUCCUAGAUUUACUACCAAGUAACAUUCUGUGGAGCAUUCCUGUACCCAUGUAAUAGCAUAAGACACAGUGGUUCAUGUCUCUGCCUGAAGUAACCAUAAAUUUGUCAGUACUGGCAUACAUUUCUGGGGUGCAUCUUGGGGAAUGUGUUUGUUACAAAAUAUCUUGUUUCAUCAUGAAGCAGCUGUGGAACAAGUCUUUCACCCUGGUGCAGCAUGAUUUUUCUAUUUAACUUUUUGUGCUUUUAACAAGUUGCAACCGAGAGAUUCUUAUAUAUGUAUGUUGUAGUCCUUAUGUUGCUACUAGGCUCCUCCUGUGCUGUGAAUAGAGUUGCUUUACUCUCCUGGUCAUAUGGGUGUUGUAUGGCGGCUUGCUGUUGGCUCUCCGGUAUAUCUGGACACCAUUUAUUCCACUGCACCGGAGGUUACAGCUACUAUGUUACGUUUUUGUUUUGUUUUUGAAUUUUUACAACCCUAUUCUUAUUUUUGUAGUUCUCAUUGUGCUUUUGAAGCUUUAUUGAUAAGCUAUCAGCUGGAUAAAACUUUUUCACGAGGAUAAAUGCUUCAAAUGAAUUUUAAGAAUCGCUGUGGAAUGCUCAGCUUAUACACAUGUUUACGUUUUUUCAUUGCUUUAUAGUCUUUUAGGGGAUUGGACUGGCUACAGUAUUAAUUGGUGGAGCUCAAAUAUUAUAUAGAUUAUAUUAUUAGAUUAUACGGUUUAUGGGUUGCAAAACUUUCUAUUGUUCCGUGAAAUGAAUAGACAUUUAGUUUCAUUUCAAAUAUAAGUACCGGUAUAUCCUAUUUCCAGAACAAAUGGGUCCAUCACAGCGAAAUGUCAUGAUUCCAAAUUACAGUGUAUAUGGCUUAAUGAUUCCUAAUAAAUUCUCGAUUUUCUU